GUGGCCAUCAGUGUUUUUUGAUCAGCUUUGUAGAACGCAUCAAACAAAGACCGGACGCCACUUUUAAGAUGGAAGUUGACGAAAAUGCGGCCGAAAAGUUUCGUUGGAUUCGGCUUAGCCGGACAUUUGGAAGGUUUUCAUUCAAUUUACGGUUUAAUCCAGUGGUAACGUUCGUCUCAGCUGCGAUUAUAUGGUUCUUCGUAAUCUGGUGUUCGGUGCAAGCCGAUGUUGCGCUAGAUGAAAUGAGCAAAUGGAUGAAGUGGAUAACGAACACCUGUACAUGGAUGUACAUCGGGACGCAGGACGUCUGGGCCAUCUUCAUCGUUGUCCUGUACUUUUCCAAAUACGGCAAAAUGAAACUGGGAAAACCGGACGACAAACCGGAUUUUAGCGACGCAACAUACUUCACAAUGCUUUUCGCGGCUGGGAUUGGUGUUGGGUUGUUCUAUUUCGGCGUUGGUGAGUGUUUUAAUUAAAGUGGGAUCCAUCGGGGAUUUUUGAACAUUUUGUCCUAAACUGCCUGACAUAUUUUAAUGAGUUUUCUUUAGAGGAACUACAUCUGCGACUAACAUUUAAAAAAUAUUCGGCAUAAGUGAAAUGUAUUCUAUUAGCCCCUUUCAGUUUUUACUGUUCCAAUUUCGAUUCAUUUCGAGUCGUUUUCUCCAAAAAUCGAGCCGCCUGUUGAUAUUUUAAAGAGCACGCCGAUUGCCAUCUCGUGACGACGGGUAUUGUCUGAAACCAACAACUGUGCGCGCGAAAUUAAUACGACACGUUUCUAGUUUACACUGCUUGAAAAACCUUCCAAGUUUUGCCUCACCUUUAACCCGAAACAUGAUAACAGACUGAAAACAAAAUUUUUUGGUUACCAAACUGCUCUGUGAGUUUGUCUGUCUAGCGUUUGGUUUGACGCCGGUUUUCCGACGACGCACACAAACAAGCAAACGAAAACAGACACAAAUAAAAACAAAACAAAGAAAACUGGGUUAAGAAGGCUAAGGACAGCCUUGUUCAGGCACAUUCAAGGUGAUAGUAGCGGAGUAGGGCUUGGCAUAAGUAUAGAUUUGUCGCUGAAUAAUGAAGGCAUUAUUAUGGGCUCCCGAGUAAAGUCAUCAUGAAUUUAUUUAAUACUUGCAAGUACUAUUGCUCGUAUCAUUAGUUGAGUAAAAAGGAGAAUUGUACUUUGACACUUGUCAAACGUUUUCCUCAGCUCUAUAUUUUAAGCGAUGAAUUUAAUAUCAUGAUCCCUUCUUAGCUUCUGACUCGACUGCUUUAUGGCAAAUGAAGUCCUAAUGAAUGAAAAUCACGUGCAUAUUCUUUCGUGAUGUUUACUCUGUUUUUAUAGUGGGUGACAGAUUUUAGACAGAUCCCUGGAAGGACAUCUGCAUUAAUAAUUUUUGAUAUCACGCAAGGCCAGGAGAAUGGAGGAUCUUUCGAUUACGAUAAAAGAUAGAUCAAUACCGAAAACAAUUACAAAUACUCGAAGUACACGCAUGUCAGUGCCCUUCUUUAAAUUACCGACGCGCGUUUCAAAUGACGGUGUAAUCCGGCUCUUUUCGUUUCCAUCUAAAAUAAACACUCUCGGUGACCGUGGUAAGUCCGGGGGUGGGGGGGCAGUCGCGAGUCCUGAUCUACCCUCUUCCGCCAAUGAAGCCAUCAGAACAUGGAAUUUGAAAAUAGAAAAUGUUUACUUAUAGGAACAAGUGUUUUGAAACUAUAAUUGCUACCAAAGGAUGAUCGCAUACAACAUUCAUCUAGUAAUUUAUAAAUGAAGUAUUUAUGGGCGCUUGUCGUUAAGUAUCAUAAACAUGUGAACGAUGAAAGUGGGUGCCGGUGGAAGUUAAGACCUCACUCCCCUCCUGGAUCUGCCACGAAGCCCAACUCUGGGCGGAAACGGCGUUGUCUUUUAAGCAUCGCAGGCUCAAAUGCAGAAAAUAGUUGAGGUAUAAAUAUUUUUGAAUGUUUUUAAAAAUAAAAAUGUAUACCGAAUAUAAACAUGUACUUGGCAACACUUUUCGCCCCCCGUAAGCUGCGAUGUCAAGAAUAAUCAAUACAGUCAGCUCAAUAUUUGAACGUCAGACUCAGCUGCCGAAACCGAAAAAAUGUGUGUUAUUUUUGUGGCCGGAAAUAGAAAGGCUUGUAAGUAAUUUGCAUUUUUUUUUCUCUUAGGCGAGUAAAAUAACUCACUCCAGUAAAAUUACUGUUAGGACGAAACGGAAAGGCGUUGCCGCGUCUAGAAAAUUUGAUUAGUUUUGGACUUCGACGUCAACAGAGCACCUUGAUAUCUAGCCUAGCCUGUUCCACCCUCUCAGAUAGUUCAGUGAAAGUAACGCGACAACAUGAGCGCGUGAUCUAGGAAAACGGGGCCGUGAUUCCGUUUUAUUUCCGUGUUUGCGCUUUCUCAAUUUCGCGGGCCCGACUGUCUCGGAGCCCCUGGAACCUACUUCAGUUCUAUUUUUUCACCCCACCCCCUCUCCCCUAAAAGCGAUUCUCCAAUGAUCCAGACUAAUUUGUGACAGUUUCCAGAUAGUCUACAUGGCGUAAAAGGCGCCGGUCUUUUUAGAGCGAAGGCUGAAAUUUCGAGGACGCGCGCACGUGCACGAGGGGAGAAAAGGAGGCGUGUUCCCCUCGCGCUCUUUGGAAAUCGAAAAAGAAUAAAAAACUAACCGGCGUCUGUCACGUAGGCUACUAUAUAGUUCCCAGACCAACGACGGUCACGUUAUUUCUGGAUUUAGCAAGCCAAAGGAGAUAUUAACUUUAAGAGCUACACUGUAAAUCUGAGGAUAAAUAAAGGUGAUGUAUGUAUGUAUGUAUGCUUAAAGGUAUCGUUCACAACUAGCAGUCUAUUCAUUCAAAAGUGAAAACAUACUGUAGCAAAAGAGACCACAAUGUUCUUACAGUAAACUCUGUUGACACAUACAGCUACGUGUACCAUAGUGUGCAGCAGGAUACCCUAAAAUCACACAUGAUUCUCCCUGUUAUUUAGCCCUAGCCCUGAUCGUGCCCUCGGGCUGUCCCAUACUCCUUGCGGCAAUUUCUCUUGCAUCUGACGUGCACACGGCACAGAUAUGAUGCUAGAGUCCAAAGUCACUCGUUCCAAGUUUCCAGUGCAAGGUUGAUUCAGAUUGAACGGUGAUUCCAAGCAACAGCACCAGGGGCACCCAACGACUGUUUUCUGUAAAAUAUCUGUUCGGAGGCGCAAAAAUUGCCUCUUUUUCUAUAGCUUGAGGAAGGCUAAAAAUUUCUAGAUAACCGUUCCAUUCAUGUACAAUUUUCGUAACAUAUCUAAUAAAUUCUCUACGAUUUUCUAAAGUUUAAUUUUUCGCAUUUCAGUACCCAAGUUUGCCCGUUUUUCUUAGAAAAAGGAAACCUAAAAUUUUCGGAUUCAAACAUGCGAUGGAGGGAGGAAUCAGAAAAAUUCUUACUUUCCUAAAAACUUAAAAUUGCGUCUAAAAUUUUCGGGAAAAUCAUACGGAGGCCCUUGUAAUUUCAAAAAGGCUCAAGUUGCCCUAGGACGACCGAACAGAUACAAAUUUUACAGCACCGCUUAGAAUGCAUUUCUAGGGAGCUGAAAUUACUCUGGAUAGCCUGAAAAGUGUUUUCAAUGCAUUUAGAAGGAAACCGUCGUUGGGUGCCCCUGUAGCACGAAGCCAUUGUGAUUUUUUCUGUAAAUAAGGAAGUAAAGUCCUUUUUUGCGUUCUAGUUUAACACUGCAAUCGCAUUGUUAAUGGCCAAUUUGCAGAUGUUGUUAGAGAGGAAAAACUCCCAUCGGUAUUUGAUCGUUGUUGAAUGAUCAUGUUCGAAGGAAAGUUACCUUCGGAGUGCAACAGGAAGGUACAAAUUUAACGUCACUUUCAGAAAAAUACUAUCAUACUAUCAAAAAUUUUGAUCACGUGAUCAAAUCAUUUCGCUAUGGAUCGAUGCCGCGCGUACCGAAUCAACAACAUGGUGGGCCUCACUGGUUCGCUUUUUUUCCUUGGGUUCUCUGUCAGGGUUGUCGAGACGGGUUGGUGCGUUUAAUUUAUGGUAUUUUCAUUGUUUUUUCACAGCUGAACCUGUUCAUCACUAUGCUUCUACACGUUACUACAAGGCCGGAAAUCGCUACUAUGGAAGGUAAUCACAAAUCCCCCCUCGACACACACCCCCAAAAGGUUUUCCAGCUGUAAAAAAUUUCGAUACAUUUGGUUUUGAUCCAAGAUUUACAGGUUUCGACUUUGUAUUUUAUUAACACGAAAGGGUCUGAAGUGAAAUAUAAACAAAUCGCAUGCUAUUAAAAAGAAGGCAAUAAACGGCUCUUGAUUUACGAAAUUUUGACAAACGACUCAUAGUAAUCCUAGAGGAGGGAAAGUAGCCCCCCACGCAGACGUUCUUAGGGUUUCAUCACGCGUUCCUGCCCCACGACGAACCCUUAAGAACGUCUGCGUGGGAGGCUAGAGGGAAAGACGAUAAAAAAGGCAUACGAAACGUGAACACAAUUUCAAGUGGGUCGACUUUCAGUUAAAAUUACAGAUUGCUCAAUUAAUUUAAAAACACUUUCUUAUGGUGGGAAUUUAUGCAUUUAUCAUUUCCGGGUGCGAAACCCUUUUGGCGCUUGUGAUCAUGGCCUCAUUGAAACCCCAAUAAUCCCGGCAAAUACAGUAAACACACGCUAAUAAGAACCAAGGGGUUAAGAACCUCCUGGGAGAAAUUUGCCACUUUAAUACCCAAAAAUACAAGAACCUGUUUAGCCAAGCAACUAAGCAGGUUCUUAUAUGUGAUUUACCGUGAAAUUAUGAAAAACAAUUUAAGAAAGGAGUGUAACUGAGUUGUGAGUAAUUUAACAAGAACUUACUGUACUAAACUGUAUAUAAAUUCGGUUACCAGUUUUGGUAGCCUAGUUCUAAUAAUACAAUUGUGAAUAAAUUAAAUGAAAAGUAUAUUUAUUUACCUGGAAAUCAACAAUCUAUUAUCUCCUUCAUAAAAAUUAAGAACCUAAUAAAGAACCUAUUUAAGAACGUACUUAGGCAAUAAGUACCCAAAAUACAAGAACCUAUUUUGCCAGACUUCAAAAACGUUUGUUCUUAUUAGCGGAUGUUUAAUGUACUAAUGUCUCCAAACAUUUUCUAAGAGAAUAAAAGGAGAAAACGUGUUAAAAAAUCAUAGCUUUCCUCUCUUAGGUAAAGUAACAUUGUUCAAUUCUCAUAACCAUUUCCCUUAAUAAUAUGUGUUGUUAGGAGAAAAUUGAUGCAUGUUGGUCACUUUUAAAGACUUUAACGGUUUCUUUUCGACAGACACAACGACAAUCAACGAGCUCAGGAUGCUAUCAAUUUAACUCUAUUCCAUUGGGGUAUCCAUGGUUGGAUCGUGUAUGUGGUGGUUGGUCUUCUUCUCGCGUUUGUGGGUUACAGGAAAGGCCUUCCUAUGACCAUCCGCUCGUGUUUCUACCCGCUUGUGGGCGAAAAGAUCUUCGGAUGGAUGGGUGACGCCAUAGACAUCCUCUCUGUGUGCUGCACUAUGUUUGGUGUUUGCACCAGUCUAGGAGUAGGUGUCAUGCAGAUGAACACAGGAUUUCAACGCAUUUUUAAAAAUUUCGAAUACUCAGUCAAAAACCAAAUCAUCCUUAUUUGGUGCGUGACUGCAUGUGCCACAGCGUCCGUGGUCAGCGGUCUGAAAGUUGGAAUCCGGAGAUUGAGCGAGAUUUGCUUCAGUCUUGGCAUGUUCCUUAUGUUGAUCGGGCUCUUUUACGAAGAUACCUGGCAUGUCUUUAACGUGUAUGUACAAAGCAUAGGUUACUACAUUCAGUGGAUCAUCCAACUUGGCUUCCACACAGACGCCUUUGCACAACUUGGAAAUGCACCGGACGGCAAGCAGGCCGAAACGUGGAUGAAUGACUGGACCAUCUUUUACUGGGGCUGGUGGAUUGCCUGGUCGCCUUUUGUGGGCAUGUUCAUCGCAAAAAUCUCAAAAGGGCGAACCAUAAGAGAGUUUAUUAAUUGCACUUUGACAGCUCCUAUAAUAUACACGUUCUUGUGGUUCUGCAUUUUCGGUAGUGCAGGGUUGAAGAUGGAACGAGAUGCGGAAAAGGCCAGUAUCAUAUGCUCCUCUACUCUAGGAGGUAAAAACAGCACCGAGGCCGCGAAUGGAUUGUUUAGGCUCUCUUGCAGAAAAACAAACGACAUGUGGUUUGACGUCUUGGGCCAAUAUGGUGACCUGGGGCCAUUCCUCUCGGUCGUAUCGCUGGUUAGUAUCAUCCUGUACUUUGUGACCAGCUCUGACAGCGGUUCCUUGGUGAUAGACUGCCUAUCUGCAAACGGUGAUCCGGAGCCACCCACUAUCCAGCGUAUUUUCUGGGCGUUAACAGAAGGCGCCUGUGCCACAUCCCUGCUCUAUGCCGGAGGUAAAAACGGCUUAACUGCCCUUCAGUCCAUGUCCAUAGCAUCGGGCGUGCCUUACACCAUUUUAUUGUGCCUAAUGUGCGUUUCAUUAUGGAGGGCGGUAAAGAUGGAAGAAGGUGAUCUUGAUCAGUACGGUCCACAGUUUACCACUGGCUUGUUAGACGUAUUAAGCAACCCGACGUUGCCUAGCAUUCGAAAGGUCCUUAUUGCCGUCGUCGCACCGUGGUAUCCAAUGGGGAAAGCUGCCUUCAAGAUUGGUGGAUCAAAGGGCCAUCAGAGCGUCUACAUGCUAGCCCUUGCGGCGCCGUUUUAUCUCUGGAUUGUCCUGAUGUUCCUUGAGCAUGUCGUUGACGGAAUAUGGACAGUGGCAUGGACAGUGCUGUUUGCAUUCUUUGCCUACGGCACAGCAAUCCGUAAUGCCAUACGUGAGAAAUACAACAUCAAUGGCAACAUGGUUGAAGAUUUCUUUGCAGUAAUGCUUACCUACCCAUUUGCAGCGUAUCAAAUGGAGCACCAUGUCGAUCAUAUCCAUGGUCUCGACUUAGGUGAGCCGUCUCUGACAAAUGGCGUGGCCCACAAGUCCAUUUGCAUGUCUGAAGUGCGUAUCAACGCCCUCACUGAAAAAGACAGCGGCAUUGACACACCAUCGUCAAACGGCACGGUUUUCCAGGAGGUCGAUGGAGCAAACGUGGACACAUCAGAUAAUGGCUAUGCAAGUUCCAAGACGGACCAUUCUAAUGGGAUGGUAAAUGGUGAUGUAGGUAUUUCUGUUGCUGUUAAUCCUCCAUUUGAAGAAGAAGAACUUUAAAAGCAUCCCAACGAAAGUCAUGGGUGACGUAUUGAAAAUACUUGCUGGACUGACCUUGAGCUUAGCUGAUUAGUGCUUUGGUUUGUAUUAUUUUCGUCAAUAGAGACCUUUAGAUUAUAAGACGAGGACGACUAUGAGUACGAGAUUUCCUCAAAACUAAGUAGUGCGCGCGCGUGAACAGGCGUCAUUUUGGCGGGAAAACGUGGUAGCCGUUGUCAUUCUGCUAGGAGUUUUAGCAAGAAUGUCGGACUGGCGGAAACGGUAACUGUAUCGCGCGAACUUACUCUUUCAUAUUGACGAUCAUGACUAGCACAUGACUAUACCUUACGGAUAAGACUGGCGUAAUAAUUUUUUGUAUCAGGCCCUGGAAUUUGCUUUGAACUGUUACUCAUCUCGUUCUCGUAGAUAGUCUUAUAUAAAAGUUCCUACUGUUGUCGUUGCUUCUCAUGAAAAAACAUGGGCCUUUUUAAAGCUGCCACAAAAUUUAAACGUAAUAAGCUCUAAUGAGCUGACCCAGUUUGUGACUUUUUGAAUAGUUUGAAUAAUGUUCGUUUAGUUUCUGUCUUAAACCUUUUUACUCCCAGAUAGCCUGAGAAAACAGACGAGGAAAUAUCGUCUGUUUUCUCAGGUAACUCCCAGAGUAAAUGACUCUAUGCAGUACUUUCCUGUGGUACUGUUUUUAUGCUGUGCAAGGUGGUUCUAACUUAAGACUCUGUGGAAGAAAUCCUUAAGUGACCAUUCAAAUUAAAGCUACUGAGCAGUACUUUCCUGUGGUACUGUUUAUUAUGCUGUACAAGGUGGUUCUAACUUAAGACUCUGUGGAUGAAAUCCUUAAGUGUGACCAUUCAAAUGAAAGCUACUGAGCAGUACUUUCCUGUGGUACUGUUUAUUAUGCUGUACAAGGUGGUUCAAACUUUAGACUCUGUGGAUGAAAUCCUCGAGUGUGACCAUUCAAAUGAAAGCUACUGAGCAGUACGUUCUUUCUUUAUUAUGCUGUAGAAGGUGGUUCUAAAUUUUGAGUCUGUGGCUAAAAUCGUAUAGUGUGACCAUUUAAAUGAGACCUCUUUAGCGGUAGUUUUACAUGGUGCUAUUUGUUUUUCAGCCUUUUUCAAAAUGAAAUUGGGGCUUAAUGUUGAAUUUCGACUUUGGCCACUUUUGGGAGUGGGGGGGUUACAAUGCGUUGCUUGGCAACCUUCAUGACAGCCAUUUAAACACAGUUACUUGUAAGUAACAAAGAAUAUCAUGAUUAUAGUGUAUUUUUCUGCCGCAUCGAUUUUAGCGCGCGCAAAUUUGUAUGUACUUGGCGUAUUUAUGGAGCAUGUAUUGAUAACCAAGUAUCAGCUUAAGCUGAAGAUACAAUUCAAGAAAUCGAAAGCCACUAGUUUUAUUUAAAAAUUCAACGUAAUUUAAUUUGCUGAUAGAAAAUGGCAAGAAUCUUUCAUUUCGAUUAUUUUAUUAGCUCCUGCUAAAUAAUGUGUUAGUCUAAAUAUGUGUAUGUAAUUCCCAAUAUUUUUCCAUUUCUAAUUGUUCUUCAUAGCUCUCUCCGGAGGAUUUUUUGCUUCAAUCUGAACGAAUAGUUGUAGUCUAAAAUUCACUCAGGGGCACGCAACGACUGUUUUCUGUAAAAUAUCUGUUCGGAGACGCAAAUAUUGCCUAGAAUUUUCUUUUGAUUGAGGACGGCUAAAAAUUUCUAGAUGCAUGACCGUUCCAUUUAUGUAAAAUUUUCGAAGCUCAUCUAAAUUCCCAACGAUUUUCUGAUAUUUAUUUUUUCACAUUUUACUCCUCAUGUUAGGUUAUUGUUCGAAGAAAAAAGAAAAUGUAAAAUUUUCGGAUUGAAAAAUGUGAAGGAAAGAUGAAUCAGAAAGAGGAAUCUCUCUUUUCUAAUACGUUACAUUGCAUCUAAAAUUUUUGGGAAAAUAAUACUGAAGACCUGGUAAUCUCGAAAAGACUCACGUUCCCCUGGGAUGACCGAACAGACACAAAUUUUAUAGCGAGGCUUAGAAUUCAUUUCUAGACAUCUAAAAGCGACACUGGAUAGUCUAAAAAGUGUUUUCAGUGUAUUUAGGACGAAACCGUCGUUGGGUGCCCCUGUUCAUAGCUCGGCCAUAUAUAGUCAUGUUAGAAUGCAGCUUUGAAUUUGAACCUGGUAGCGGGAACUGAAUUUAAUUUUUUAAAUAAUCAUAAAUUAUACGGAGGUGCGCUUCACCUGGUUUGCUUGUAGCGCCUUAUUAAAUAACUAGGGAAACAUAAUUGAACAGGGUAUUUCGACGCACAAUUUGCGGGCCCAGAAUUGGAUUUUCGUACGAGUGAACUGGGUAACAUUUGCGCUUUCUUAAUACUGUUUCCUAAUUUAAACAUCGCCUUAUUUUGUUACCUAUCUAACCCUUUGGUACUUUGAAAACAACGAUAAAUGAUUAAAGUUAUGUUUUUUUAGACUUCAAACGUGAAGACACUACAGUUCUGACUUUUCAUCCUCUCUUUGAACUUGAAAACCUUCCCAAAGGAAUCAC